AUGUCUACUACUGAUAAUGGUGAGAGUAAUCCAAAUCGCAAUGAGUUGGAACAAGAAGGAUCAUAUGGACCUUUUCUUCCUAGUCCUACAACACAAAGUUGUGAAGAAUCUGGUAUUGUCAAGAAAAGAGGAGAGUACAAGAAGAGAUCCAAAGCUUGGGAUCAUUUUCAUGUAAAGCAUGUGAAUGGAGUUCGUCAUGCAAUUUGCAAAUACUGUGAGAAGGACAUAGCUGCAGAUCCCAGAAGUCAUAAUAAUGAUUGUCACAAGGGAACUGAAGUUGGUAAGGCCAUAGAAAAGUGUCUCCUAGAAUGGGGAGUUGAUGAUAUCCUAACUGUUACAGUUGACAAUGCAAGUUCCAAUGAUGUAGUUGUCAACUAUUUACGAGGAAAACUUCAAAAUUGGGGGAAAGCUGUGUUAGGGGGAAAUGGACUCAUGGCAGCAGUUAGAUAUGUUAGACAGUCACCUUCUAGAUUGAAAAAAUUCAAGGAGUGUGUUGAAAUUGAAAAAAUUGAAUGCAAAAGAUUGCUCUGUUUAGAUGUCUCUACGAGGUGGAAUUCUACAUAUCUAAUGCUAGACACAGCUCAAAGGUUUGAGCGGGCUUUUGAGAGGUUCGAGGAGCAGGAUCCUUACAUGCUUCAAGAGUUAGAAAAUCUGCCAACAAAAUCUGAUUGGACAAAAGCUAGGUUUUUGGUAAUUUUUUUGGAAAACUUUUAUCAGCUAACUGUGAAGGUUUCCGGUUCCAAAUAUGUGAUUUCAAAUAAUUUUUUCACUGAUAUUAGUCACAUUCAUGGCAUUUUAAUUGAAAUGACAGCAAGUGAUAAUGAAGAAUUGAGUUCAAUGGCAAGAUCAAUGAAGGAGAAAUAUGAUAAGUAUUGGGGAAAGAUUGAAAAGAUGAAUAUGCUGAUUUUUAUUUCCUCCAUGCUUGAUCCUCGAACUAAACUUGAAUACCUUGAAUUUGUGGUUUGCCAAAUGUAUGGUGAGUCCGAUGGUACAACAAUAGCUGGCCUUGCAAAAAAUGCAAUGUUUGAGCUGUUUAAUGAAUACAAGAUGGUUAACACACCUGCCUCAAAUUCUGUGUCUCGUGCUUCUUCACUUUCAAGUGAAUCUCAAAGGAGUAAAGCAACAUUUUAUGGACAUGGGAAUGCCUCUAAAACAAUCACUGACCGGUACAAGUUGGAGUUUAAGAAGAAAAAAAUGGAACUUGGGGUUAGGGAUGCAAAAUUUGAAUUAGAGAAAUAUUUGAAUGAGAAUUGUGAGGAAGAUGAUGAGAGAUUUGAUAUCUUGUUAUGGUGGAAGGCCAAUAGCCUUAGAUUCCCAAUCCUUUCGAAAGUUGCUUGUGAUAUGUUAGCAGUCCCAAUUUCUACCGUGGCCUCCGAAUAUGGUUUUAGUACCGGAGGUCGUGUUCUUAAUACAUUUAGGAGUUCUUUGACUCCUAGAAUUGUGCAAAGUUUAAUAUGUGCUCAAGAUUGGUUUCGGUCCUCCAAGACAGAAUUAAAUGUAGAAGAAAAUCUGGAAGAACUUGAAACCUUCGAAUCUGAGUUGCUGAAGACCAGAACUGAAUCAACUAUAAUUUACCUUUGA